GCAGAUUUAAAGUGAACCAGCAGAUCAUGUCAUGUAUGUCUUAGGUUUACUGUAAACACAUGAAUAAAUCCAAGCUUGUGUUUAAAAGCUGCUGCAAUGGAUAUGGCUGGAACAGGAGGCCUGAACGAUGCCUGUCUUGCAGUUUAUCGUGCUGCACUAAAGCUUCGUUCUCUGCAAAAACUAUGCUAUAUGCAUAUGGUCAUGAUCGGGGAUUUGCGCUCGGCUUCUUGGACUGAAGGGGACUUGGGGAAUAUUUCCCAGGAAAGCUUGAAGCAGAGUCUGGAACAACUCUUCCAGGGUGUUUUACAGACUUUACCUGUUCAGGUGGUACCAGAAGCUACAGAGCAGACCGCCAGACUUCUCUUCAAACUUUAUGACAGGGAGAAGACAGGCUUUGUCCUUCUCAGAUCUGUAGAAGUGGCACUGAUAGUUCUUUCAGGAGACACACUUUCAGCCAAACAUAGAGCUCUGUUCCAAUUGGCUGUUAGCUAUGGCAGAAGGCAAGGUCAAGAGGACCUUUUUGUCAGCCAUUCUGGCCUCAGGAACCUUCUGGAUGACCUUAGUCAGGUGCCAGCUGUGGUUCAGGAGAGUCAUAUAUUUGGUCCGGUGGAGCCCGCAAUCCAGUCCUGCUUCACUGGGGUUAUCAAUGAUAAAGCAGGGGAGGAGCAUUUUGUGAACUGGCUUCGGUCGGAGCCUCGUUUGCUGCUAUGGCUCUCCACGCUCUACAGACUCUCAGUUAGCGAGGAUGUACAACACAGAGUGCGCUGCCAUGCCUGCAAGGCCUUCCCCAUCACAGGCAUCAGGUAUCGUUGUUUAAAGUGUUUGAAUGUCCACCUGUGCCAGAACUGUUUCCUGGCCCAGAAACGUACAAGGAAGCACAAGCCUUCACAUCCACUUCUGGAGUACUGCACUCCGCCCUCUUUGAAGGAAUCAAUGGCAUCAUUGGCAUCCAGUGCCCGCCAUGUUCUUCUGCCACGGCGCUACACAAGGAGAGAAACAGAGAGACAGAGAGCACUUAAAGCAGGAUCUUAUGAAGAGAGACAUUACAGUGCUCAUGCUUCAGGGCUGCAGCAGCAGGAAUGUGUGAAAAAUCUGGAAGGUUUGGACGCCACUGUCUCGGAAAAUGUUCUUCCUUCUCCACCUUCUUCCCCUCCCACUCCUUCUCACCCGCAUCAUAGCAUGGAGUCUAAAUCACUCCAGACAGAUGAGUUGGACACACAGCCUCAGAGAAAGAUGUCAUUACUCCAGAAGGACCUAAACAUCACGCAAAAAGCCAUGAAAGACCUCCAGAGAGAUAAAGGGGUUCUGGAGAACGAAUUCCAGGUGUGGAAAGUAGCUGCACAGUCAGAGCAUGACUCUCUAGAAGGCAGGUGCACGGAGCUGAAGACCACCAUGGAGGCACUGAUCCAGCACAACCAACAGCUGGAGGAGGAGCUAGGACAAGUCAGACAUGCUUUAAGUAUGAGAGGAAGAGAAGAGUCUGGCAGUGACAUCCACACUCCUUCUCCUCAGCAAAGCAGACAUGACACUAGCGAGAAACAGGGCACAGAAACUGAAAGUUCAGCAUCAGUUACUACAGAAAAGGAUCCGGAAGUAGCAACAGGUGAAGUGAGUGAGAGAGAACAUCAGAUGGAUGAAAAACAGAAUCUGAAUGAGGUGCAAGAAGAAGAGCAUAAAGAUGUAGUUCUUACUGAAACCUCUGCAACUGAGACAGAAAUUGAGACAGAGAAAAAGUUCAAAGUUGUUUGGGAGUCAGACGAAGAUGUGAAGGAGGAAGAGGAGGAGGAGGAUGUGGAUGAGAAAAGUGAGGAAGACGAGCCACAACAUUACAGAGUUACUGGAAACAGUACAACCUUAGACAGGUCUUUUGUGGUGGAGGAUUCCGGGACAGAUAACUCUGACGAGGAAGCAGAUAAAGAAGAAGAGCUUAAUGACCUAGUGCAGAGACUUCAUGAUGCACUUCUAUCUACACCAACAGGAUGUGGGUCGCGUCAGACAGAGGCGCUUUUACAGGCAGCAGGAGGGGUUGGAGAAUCAGUGGUUCACCUUGUUCAUUCUUUCAAAUCAAUCACCUCACCAGUACAGGACAUGGAACAGGGGUCAGCAAACGGUGAUCUGCAGUGCAAAGCCUUGUGCCACGAAGCAGGUUUAAUUUCCCAUCAGUGAAGCCGAAUAAAUGUUUAUAUAAAUAGAAAAUAAGAAUCUUUCGUAAAAAACAAUGGAUUUGGCAUUAGUGGCAUUGACAAUCAAGACAAAUGCAACUCCACACACCAGAGAACAGGGCCAGCUCUUGUAAAAGACUUUGGGGUUAUGUGGAUUUUUUGUCUCCCACAUUCUCUCCUAGUCUUUUUGUAGAAACACCAAAUGUAUUAUUUAAUUAUUUGAUGCCUGUAAUAAUGUAAGUUGCCAGGCUGCUUCUUCCAAACCAUUUUGUUUGCAAAACACACAAUCUCUGACACAAUUACAUACAUUUUACAUCUUAACCAUGCCACUCAACACUAAACCCUACUACAGCCAAUGUUCUGUUGAUAACUAAAUUUAAUCAUUUCUACUGAUUGGGCCAGAGUUUAAUACCUUAUUUAAUUUAAUUGAAUAAAAGUGGUAAUUUCUGUGUGCAGUUGUGUUCAAGUGAAAAGAAAUAACCUAACCUGUAAAAAAUAUAUCAUUUCCUGUUUACUGAUUACAAACAUAGUGUAAUUUCCUGACAUUUGUCUAAACAGCUACACUUUUGAGAAGGUCUUUAUGAGUAGCUUGUGAUCUUUUUGUCAUAUGGAUAGAAAAACCUAAUUAAUUCAUUUGUUAAAGUAAAAAAUAUUUUAGAAAUAAAAAUAACCUUAAAUCGUACACAUUUUUUAUAUUUUUAAUUUACUUUUAAUACCAUUGAAUGUAUUUUAUACUAUUUGAUUGGUGGUUAUUCCUUUUUUUAUGUAUAUUAAAAAAUCUGUGGUCGUCAUGGUUGAAGAACUGUAAGUUGCUAAGCAUAUAAAAAUAUAAAAUAUUUUUUUUAUUUGUAAUGUUUAUACAGUGCUUGUUAAAAGAAUGGAAACAGGAAGUCUUUGGUGGUUUUUGAGACACAUGCAUGUUUCAUUUGAUUCUAUGCAACAAACUUAGUAAAAGACAAAAACACAAGAAUUGGAUAGUAAUCGUGUGGAGCAGGGAAGAUUGGAGAUUUAUUUCAGGUGAACAGAAUACUGACCCAACAGUCUAGAGCAGGGGUCUCCAAUCUUUUCCAGAAAAGGCCAGUGUGGGUGCAGGUUUUUAUUCCAACCAAGCAAGUCCACACCAAAUUCUACCUGUUCAAAUCUAAUGAUCUUCAUUUUCAAUGACUAUCAGGUGUGACCAUUGAUUGGUUGGAAUGAAAACCUGCACCCACACUGGCCCUUUCCUGGAAAAGAUUGGAGACCCCUGGGAUAGAGUGUUAUCUCUCAUGGAAUAACCUGCCCACUUACAGCACCUAAAUCCUAUUGAACUGCUCUGGGAUGAACUUGAUUACAAGGUCAAAAAGAAAUCGCUAACUAGUGAAGAACACAAAGGCACAGCAUAUUAUUUGCUGAAUGUUUGGAGAAAUAAAGUGUCCAAAUGCCAAGAGUUUGUAAAGCUGUUAUUUAUUUUACGGAAUCUGUACAUUUAUAUAUUUGAUACCAUUAUAUCUUCCUACUAAUAAAUUACCUAGUUUGUUUCAUAUAAACCAAAAGAACCUGUAUGUGUCUAUUAAAAACCAUACCUCGUUGUGUGCAAACUUUAAACAGGCAAUAUACACGUUAUUGUUUUUUUUUA